UGUGGUACAUCAUGACUAGAAAGCAGCAGCUCCAGAGUCGGCAUACUCUCCUGCUGGAGCUGCAGGGGUUCCUGAAAAACAACAACUUAAGAGAAGGAAGUUUUAUGCGGAAAGAGGACCAAGAACUGUCUGAGCUGGAGCAAAUAGAACAAGAGGUACAGGCCCUGUCCGAGAGAGAGAGGGAGCUGAGAAACGCAAAGAAACAACAAUCCACCAUCACAGAAAUUACAGAGGAGUCGUCUGCCACUGUCCAGAAGCCAUCAGAUGAAGAGCUGAGCCCCACUACACCUGAACCAGAGGUGGUCAAGGUGGUCGACCUGUCAUUUUCUCCAGCUACGGUGCAGUGUCCCACCUGCCAGCAGCACGUUACCACGGAGAUUCAAUAUAAAGUGGGAAAAACAUCCUUCCUCCUCUGCUAUCUAUCCAUACUGCUGGGCUGUGUAGGAGGAUGCUGCCUGUUGCCCUUCUUUCUGAACUACUUUAAAGACACCUGCCACUUUUGUCCCUCCUGUCACACGGAAAUCAACAUCGUCCCUCGGAUCUAAAGCGUCCACUGAAAUUACAGCUGUCCCCAAAAUGUACUGGCCUAUAAAGAAGAGAUAUGGUUUUAGGAUGCGGGACAUUGAACAACUGUGGACUGAAAAUCUCACUGAAGCUUAUUUUACUGUACCGAUUUACUCUUCGUUGCAUAUUUGAAAAUCACAGAAUAUUACAUUUCCAAACAUCAAGAAAAUAUUAACAUUCAUAUUAUAGAUCAGUAUUAUUGAUCAAUUUGGAUAUAAAUUCAGGCAUUCACACAUUUACAUUGUGAAGAUACAAGAAUAAAAAAAUAUUUUACUCGCAUAUUAAUUUUGAGAUAACUAGACACUGUUAUUAGAUUCAUACCUUUAGUAACGUAAUGUUACUAAAAAAAAAAGGUUCUUCUCACUUCCUUUAAGAACAGAAAGUUUGCUUAUAUCUAGUGUAAUAUCCGUGAAUGGAUUUUAAGACCGGUUUAGUGUACUCACCCAAAUUCUGUACAGGAUAUACAGACUACGGGAAAGGCAAAUAAGAUAGCAAAUGAGCUGGUUAAUCAGUGGUCAGGACACAACAAUAUAUUGUGUAUGCAGCCUUCAGUCAGUGUAAAUAUGACCACACAUCCAGAACAAAUAGGAUUAGACCUAACUCUACCAAAUCCCUUGUGAACACUGUAGAAUAUUAACAUUUUGAAACAUAUCCGAAACACGUUCUGUUUCAUAUACUUUUGUUCUAAGCUGUAAAUAGAUCUCUGUUGUAAAAACAAACAAACAAAAAAUAA